AUGGUCGUCACUGUAUUUCGUCCAAUGGAAAAGAAAUAUGCCACAAAUGGUUGGCGUGUUCGUCUCAUGCUCGAAGAAAAGGGAGUAAAAUACGAAACUCGUCUCGUGAUUUUAGAACAUCGAGAACAUUUGAACGAGGAAAUUAGAAAAUUAAGUUAUAGAGGCGAAUUACCACUCUUUGAAGAUUUUGCAGGAAGUUUAAGAGAAGAAACAGCCAUGUUAAAUUACAUUGAAAAGAACUAUCCAGAACCUCAAUUAAUUCCACCAUCCGAUGAUCGUGCAAAUUUUGGACGAAUCAUUUCUCAAUUCCAUGAAGCCAAUGGUCAAUUCGCCCAAGUUUGCAAAGAUAUGAUCAAUACAUUCAUUGAAUUGGAAGAAAAGAAUAUCACCUCUCACAAAAAACUACCAAAAGACAUGAAAGAUUACAAAACUCUUGUUUCUUAUUGGAAACAAAAAUUGGAAAGUGAAAUGAUCAUUUGGGAAAAUCGUUUAACAAAUGAUUCUCUCUUUUUCAGUGGCACUGAUCGUCCUUGCAUUGUGGAUGUUUCACUUUUCCCUUAUUAUUAUCAAAUUGUGAGAUAUGGAUUGAGUGAAUCAUCUCUUCCAAAACUUAAAAAGUGGAGAGAGCGCAUGGAAGAUAGAGAUAGUGUUAAGAGAACUAGUCCAGGAACAAGUUGGGUUGUACAUCCAUUCCUAUUGAAAUUUUAA